UAAGGCCUAUUGCACAACAUCGAUGCAUGUCCGCAGCACUCGCCCCUUGUUCCUUCACGAUGGACGAUCCCUCUAACGAUGUUGACCAUCGUCGGGAACCAAGUCUGGUUGCUCCUGACUUUCACGACAUCGAUAACAAACUUGUCGUUUUCCCGCAAUCCAUGAUGUCGACAUCUCAUUCCCUUCCACCGCUGUUGGAGACUCACCGAACUCUUCGCCGGAAGCAGGGAAUGACGGUGAUCAGAAAAAAGUCUUCUCGUUUGUUGCGGAAUUGUGCGUCGAUUUCCGCCCUUCAAAGGCCGGAAAGUUCUCGCGACGAAGCAGGGAAAAGAGCAUCUAUCGCUUUUUCCUCCGCGUCCGACCCACGGGUUCAUUCCGAUGUCCGCCUCGGUCACCCUAGUCGACCGUACUACACAGCAAUUCGAAAGAAUAUGUCACCAGCGAACCCCUACUUGCCCGCGUCUACUCCCUUGCCCACAGGACGAUCAUCAUUUACUCUCUCCAACCGACCUGUGUCCAAUCUCAGCCCCGCGGACAUCGCUCAUACUCAUCCAGACCCUCCCGUCACGCUCCCACGAGGCAGCAUGUCCGUCUCGUCUCCGUUCGAAGGAGGGUUUUCGUUGAGCGGAGAAGUGGAGCUCCAUAUGGCACUUGCCAGGGUACGAUCCCGCGACUCUCCGAGAGAGCCUCAGGAGUUUAGGUUCUCUGAAACGAGGCGGGAUGUCACCGUUAAAGGAACGGUGAAGAAGCUUGGCAAAGGCCUUAAGAAACUGGUUCUGGGCAGGAGCUGAUGUGGCGUUGGAUCUGGAGAGUGCGUUCUUUGUUCGGAUGACGCUGAUGAGUUCGGGAUCCCCCCGUUUGAUUGCCUCGGUGAUGACACUUUAACGCACUGAUGAUCGAUGAACAAUAUGAUGAUAUCCUAUACUUCUUUUCUAUUAUGCUCGUACCAGACCAUACCCAUCCUAUGCCUUCAUCUGCUUUCCGCCUAUGAUGACCACACCUAUAAUCCCACCUGUUGAUAUCUAAAGACUUUAAUCAUUUCCAAGUAAAUCCUCGCCGAGCUGAUGAUGAUGACUGAAACACAUUACGGACUUUACCAGUGCAUCAUCAGACAAUUGUGGGUUUCGUUGAUCGACACGAAAUCAUGACACCAAUUACGAGCUGGAUUGUGAGGUUGUGCUGGCGGGUUUGGGGCUGUUUUGGUUUUUAACAUGAUUGCUAAUAAGCGCC